CUCACGACGAGUCAGGAGGCAGUAAUCCAGCCUGCUCUGCCUCUUGCCGUUUCUGACCACCUUGCUCCAGCACAGGAGACAGUCGUCGUGCAGUAGUGCAGCGCUCUCAUUUUCCAUCCUUGUGGCACACCUCUUGCGAACUGACUCCAUCUGUUGGCGGCCCCUGUUAGUUCUAUCCGCGUUCAUCUCAGCCCCGUCGUGCGCGCCUCGUUCCUCCGCAAAGCGCUCUCACAAUCAGUCGCCUUGACCCCGCUUAGCUCUAGCUUCAAGACUAGCCUUAAAAAACCUCGUCACUGUCUCCGCCGGCAUCGCAACCCGUCGGCGGCUUUCUCCGCGGUCUCGUGCGCGCACCGCCCUUCUCGCCGGCUCCCCGCGGCGGCAGCUCGCCCCCAUGCGCGUGCAGUGCGACGUGUGCGAGCGCCAUGCGGCGGUGCUCAUCUGCUGCGCGGACGAGGCGGCGCUGUGCGCGGAGUGCGACCGGCGCGUGCACGCCGCCAACAAGGUGUCGAAGCAGCACCACCGCGUGGCCAUAGGCCAGCCUGACCCCGCCGAGCGCCCCGUGUGUGACAUCUGCCAGGAGAAGCCCGCUUUCUUCUUCUGCGUGGAGGACCGCGCCAUUCUCUGCCGCGCCUGCGACGUCGCCAUCCAUCUCCCCAACUCCCUCUCCGCGCGCCAUCGCCGCUUCCUCCUCCCCAACGGCCGGGUUGCGCUCGAAGCCCUUCCGGCGGACGCCUCCCUUCCGCAGCCGCCACCUUCCUCUGCUUUCGCCUCCGCCCUCGCCCCUCCCCCUGCGCACUCAGCUGCCGCUUUCAACCCCGCGGCUGCCCCCAUCCCCCACCCGCACCCGCUAGCAGCUUCCUUCGCUGCGCCCGCUACGCCUCCCGCGCCUCCCCCCUCCGCCCCCGCUUCAAGUGCCGCGCCUUUCGUCGCCCCCAGGCCGCCCGCUUCCCCGACCUCUCAAUCCGCUUCCGCCGCUGCUGUUGCGGUAGUGCCGUCCUCCCCCACCCCUCCGUCCAACAGCACGCACGCACAAGCGCGCGCCGCCGCAGCUACUGCAGCCGCUGCGCCCACUGUUCCCGUCGCGGGUAGCGCGGCAGCCGCGCCUGCGCCGUUCCGCGCCAACCGGAAAGGGAACGCCGCCUUCGCUCCUAACGGGGCGUCGCGGAGGGGGAAGGCGGACUGGGGCUCGUCGCUGGCAACCGCCAAUCACGCAGCGCCAGGUCAGCUGCCAGGCCACGUGUACGCAGGCAGCGGCGCCAGCAGCAUGGCCGGGCGAUCUUCAACGCCCUUUGGCGGAAGCGGCUCCGUGUCGGGGUUCUCGUUUCCCCCGCAGCCAGUAGUUGCGCCUGACGCGGCGGACGGCUUUGGAGGGGGGCUAGGGAAGGGGAGGAUGGGCGCAGGGGCGGAUGCGCUGGCUCGCGGGGGGGAGGGGGCGGGCACAUCGAAUAGAGGGGGAAGGGGAUCGGGAGGAGGGGAAGGAGGGGGAGUGGGCGGGGGGGGCGCGGAGUGGCGCGUGGAGGAGCUGCUGAACAUUCCGGAGCUGGCGGGGGGAUACUCGCUCGCGGACGUGGGGUCCUCCAAGGCGGAGGCGCACGACCUGGGCGACUUUGACUGGACGGCGGACCUGAGUCUGUUCGACGAGCAGAUGUACGCGGAGUCACUGCACGAGGUGCCGCACCUCGCCACGCCCGCCCCCGUGCCCGCCGCGCCCUUCUCCACCGCCUUCUCCCUCAUGGCCGCCUCGCCGCUGCCCACUGCUGCUGCCGCCGCCGCCACUGGGGCUGGAGCUGGGGCUGGGCCAAGUAAUGCAGCGAGCACGGGUGGGGCAGGCAUGGGAGCGGUUGCAGGUGGGGUGUCGGUGGUGGGGGUGGGAGGGCGAGCAAGGGCGGCAGCAGCCGCGUCCGCCCUGCUGCCGGAUUGCGAUGACUGCUUUGUUGUGCCUGAUGUGGCCGCACCUGUGCCCUCUGCACCCCCUGCCAAGCGUCGGCGCGGCAUUGUUUGACUUUACUUGACACCCUCUGCUCCACACAGCUUAGCCUUGUUCGACUGUGCUGCGUUCUCCAUGCACCCACCUUGUGUGUUGCGUCUUGCCCACCUGCCCUCCCUGCUCGCAUUGCGGCUGCAUUGGCCGCGCUGGCUGAUUUAUGCCUUGCUGUCUGCUCAGCUCACUCCUGGCUCUGUGCUGGGUGGUGAAACAGCCAUAGCUCUACCAUCUAACACGCACCAUUUGUACUGUUGGAGUGAACCACGUGUUUAGGGUGGCCAGGAUCCAGGGUUGGUGGAACCACAAGAAAAAGUCAGCGGAAGACUUAAACACCUUGUAUUGGAAAUGUCCGAAAUGACAAGGUGGUAAUAAUAAUGAGUACGGUAGUGUCAAACAUAUAUAUACGUUAUGUUUGUAUAGACUGUAUAGGUUCGUAUCUUAGAGGGUACAACACUU